AUGCUUCCUAUGAUUCCUACUGAAUGUAUGAAAGUAAUAUUUCAAUAUGUCAAGAAAAAUGAUGAGUCACUAUAUCCUUCUUUAUUUGUAAAUCAUCACUGGUGUAUAAAUGCGGUGCCACUAUUGUGGGCAUGCCUAUUUGAUAAAUUAAACUUUGAUAUUAUAUAUAAGAUUACAUCAGUUUAUAUUUCAUUACUUGAAGAAUAUGAAAAAAGUCAUUUUAAGAUGAUAAUAAUUAAAAAUUUAUAUGAACCAAAAACUAUUCUGAAAUUGAUACCAGAUAAAAGGCCCUUAUUUAAUUAUUCAAUGAUGCUGGAUGAAUUUUCACUAAAGAGCUUAGAAAUAAUUUCACAUUCCUGGAUCACUGUAUUUUGGCCUGAUAAAAAUUUUGAUGAGUCAAGAAAACAAAUCAUGCAAAUUAAAGAACAAAUGAUAUUGUUUUUAUUCAAAUUAUUUACUAAAAAUGCAAAUUUAAAAUUUUUAACAAUUGAUAGUGACAAGAUUUUAAAUUAUGUUCCGGAUAUUCAACAUACAAUUGGACAAUUUUUAAAUAUUUUGAAGUUUGAAAUUGGAUAUGCAGCUUAG